AUGCUUUCGAUCCUUCUUAAUCCCACAAUUCAUGCUUUCACAACUUCCUUUCUAAACUAAACCCAAAAUGGUUGCGUCUGUUGGUCAACUUUACAGAUUUUUGGCAAGACGAACCAGUGCUGGCUUUAAUAAAGUAGUUUUAAGACGCUUAUUCAUGAGUCGCAUGCACAGACCACCAAUUGCUUUAUCAAGAUUGGUAAGUAAACCUGGAUACAAUCAUGUGAAAUAUGCUACUAAGCCAGGCCGUGAAGGAAGAAUAGCUGUAGUUGUUGGUACAAUAACUGAUGAUGUUAGAUUAAUGUCUUGUCCUAAAUUAACAGUCUGUGCAUUAAGAGUAACCGAAAGAGCCAGAGCUAGGAUAUUGAAAGCAGGUGGUGAAAUUUUAACAUUUGAUCAACUUGCUCUCAGAGCACCAAAAGGACAGAAUACAGUUUUAGUCCAAGGUAUCAGACAAGCCCGGGGUGCCAACAGACAUUUUGGUCUUGCUCCUGGUGUACCUGGCAGUAACACAAAGCCUUUAGUGAGAGCUAAGGGAAGAAAAUUCGAGAAAGCCCGUGGUAAACGAAACAGCCGCGGUUACAAAAAAUAAAUUCUGUAAAGAAAAAAUAAAAUAUUCAAAAGGAAAA